AAACCCUAAUCUCUGUACUCUCUCUUCCUCAAUCCCUCCCAUGACCACCGCAGUUUCGCCGCCGCCGCCGCAGGAGCAGCAACUUGUUCACGCUUCGCAGACUUCAAGAGUGAGUCCCAAGACAGUGGAGAGCGCCCUCAAUGGUCUUAUCAAUUGGAGAAGCGACAAAUCAAAGACAGAGAAGCCUCAACUUCUCGAAGAAGACGAGCUCGUCUACCUUUUCGUUACUUUGAAGAAGAUUCCACAGAAGACCCGUACGAAUGCUUACCGUAUCCCUUUACCUCAUCCUCUUAUCAACCCGACGGUCGAUUCGCCGGAGAUUUGUCUCAUCAUCGACGACAGACCUAAAAGUGGUCUCACCAAAGAUGAUGCGAUGAAGAAGAUCAAAUCUGAGAAUAUUCCAAUCACCAAGGUUAUUAAGCUUUCGAAACUGAAGAGUGAUUACAAGGCGUUCGAAGCGAAGAGGAAACUCUGCGACUCUUACGACAUGUUUUUCACUGAUCGGAGGAUCAUUCCUCUGCUGCCGAGGGUGAUUGGGAAGAAGUUCUUUACGAGCAAGAAGAUUCCGGUGGCGCUUGAUUUGAAGCACAGGAACUGGAAACAUCAGAUAGAGAAAGCUUGUGGAUCUGCUAUGUUCUUCAUAAGGACUGGGACGUGUAGUGUCAUUAAGGUUGGGAAAUUGUCUAUGGAUAUUUGUGAAAUUACUGAGAAUGUGAUGGCGACAUUGAAUGGACUAGUUGAGUUCUUGCCUAAUAAGUGGACGUACGUUAGGUCUUUGCAUUUGAAGUUGUCUGAGAGUUUAGCUUUGCCUAUAUAUCAGUCUGUUCCUGAUUUGAAGCUUAAAAUCGAUGCUUUUGGGUCUGGAAAGAGUGUUGUUCAGGAGGAGAAGGAAGGUGAAGUUGAAGAAGUUGUUGCUGUUGAUGGUGGAGAGAAGAGUGUUACAGGGAAGGGAAAGAAGAAGAAAGGUAGGAUUCACGAGGUUAGGUAUAUGGAUAGUAAUGUAGCUGAGGUGCUUGAUGAGGAUGAGAUUGGUGGUGACGAGGAUAAUAAUGAGAUUGUUGAGUCUGAGGAGAAGAAGAUGAAGAAGAGGAAGAAGGAGGUAAGUGAAGUUGCAGAGAGUGAGAAGCCGAUGAAGAAAGCUGCCAAAGGGAAGUUGAAACCUGAUGUUGAGAAACCGAUGAAGAAAGCUGCCAAAGGGAAGUCGAAACCCGAUGUUGAGAAACCUAUGCAGAAAGCUGCGGUCAAGGGGAAAGUUAAACCAGAUGUUGUGAAGCUGGAGAAGAGCAAGGACGGCUUAAAGGCGAAAAAGACAACAAUGGUUGCGAAAGACGAAUCUGGUGGUGGAUUGAAGCCGAAGAGAAAGAGUGUGCUUAGGAAAUGAGGCAGAGGAAGGUCUUGAGUGUUUGCUUUUGAGUAUGAUUUAUGUUUUAUUUUCUAUCGUAGUUCUUAUUACAUUUUUGAGCCAUUUCAUAUCUUGUACUACUUCUAUGAAACAUUGAACUGGUGAAUGUGGGUUUGAUGGUUUUGUGGAGGAAACAUACUACUGUUCACCUUUUAACUUUUUAAAGGUUUUUCUUUCUA